AGAGACUUGGCUUGGCGGUGUUUGAAUUGAGGUCAUCGCUCGCGCUAGAGAUUCAGGGCAACAGUGUGAAGAAAGACUGAACCUAUACGAGUGCAGUGUGUCAGAGUGCAGAGCUCAGUGACAGCAACGUGAAGAAAAAGUUCACUAAAAAGGUUACCCAGGCCUAAUUUAAUUCCAUUGGGUCAUAAUACCAUUGAGACAAUGGGGUAAUAUUUUUAAUCACAGCACAAAUGCAGAAGCCUGCCUCCAUGUCUGAAGACGCAAUCUCAAAAAAGUAUCUAUUUUCCUCUCUGGAGAGCCAGGACGAGGCCUCUGGCUGCAGUUCAAUGGCAACGCUUCAUCGAAUUAGCAGUUUUGCAGAGACAGGAGAUCUUGGACUGGCCUCAGAGGGCAGUGACAGCAGCAGUCAGGACCCUUCUGCCUCACCCCAUAGUGACGAUAAGAUGCCACACUCCAUGCAUGAGGAUGUGGAGAUGAAGAGCAGUGGUUCCAGUGGAAGUGGCACUGAAUCGCAAGGAAAUGAGUCACAUGGCAACGAGUCACACGGAAACUCAUCAAACGGGAACGAAUCAACCGGAAGUUCCAAUGGGAAUAGCAAGGAUUCAGCACUUUUGGAAUCAUCAGGGAGCAACAAGAGCUCCAACUCUCACAGUCCUUCACCUCCCAGCAGCUCCAAUGCCUUCAGUCUUCUGAGUGCAAGUUCUGAACAGGACAACCCUUCCACUAGUGGAUGCAGUAGUGAAGAGUCUGCCAAGGCAAAAACACAGAAGGAGCUGAUAAAAACUCUAAAAGAGCUGAAGCUUCAUUUGCCAGCAGAUAAAAGGAACAAGGGCAGCAAGUCCACCACUCUGAACACCCUUAAGUAUGCUCUUCGCUGUGUCAAACAGGUUGAAGCUAAUGAAGAGUACUACCAGUUGCUUAUGAUCAAUGACAGCCAGCCAUCUGGCCUGGAUGUAUCCUCAUAUACGAUAGAAGAGAUUGACAGCAUCACGUCAGAAUACACGCUGAAAAAUACAGACAUCUUUGCAGUGGCAGUAUCUCUGAUCACGGGAAAGAUUGUAUACAUCUCAGAUCAGGCAGCAUCCAUUCUCAACUGUAAGCGACACGUGUUCAAGAAUGCCAAGUUUGUGGAGUUUUUAACACCGCAGGACGUCAGCGUGUUCUACAGCUUCACCACACCAUACAGGCUGCCAUCUUGGAGCAUGUGUACAGGAGCUGAAUCUUCACCUUCUGACUGCAUGCAGGAAAAGUCAUUCUUCUGCCGCAUCAGUGGAGGUAAAGAGAGUGAAGGAGACCUGCAGUACUACCCAUUCCGUAUGACUCCUUACCUAAUGAAGGUGCAGGAUACAGCGCACACUGAAGACCAGUUCUGCUGCCUUCUGCUGGCUGAAAGAGUGCAUUCUGGCUAUGAAGGUCACUAUUCAGUUUUUCAAACACUCAACAAACAUCCAGGUCUCAAUAAUUACGCAGUUGAUCAUGGACACCAACCACAUUACGCUCCAAGGAUCCCUACGGAUAAACGCAUCUUCACCACUACACACACACCAAGCUGUCUGUUUCAGGAUGUCGAUGAAAGAGCUGUCCCAUUGCUUGGAUAUCUACCACAAGACCUGAUUGGGACAUCAGUACUUCUACACCUGCACCCGAAUGAUAGGCCACUGAUGCUCAGCAUUCACAGGAAGAUCUUGCAGUACGCUGGUCAGCCAUUUGACCACUCCUCCAUCCGGUUUUGUGCUCGAAAUGGAGAGUACAUCACCAUAGACACCAGCUGGUCCAGCUUCGUCAACCCCUGGAGCCGUAAAGUGUCCUUUGUCAUCGCACGACACAAAGUCCGAAUGGGUCCAGUAAAUGAGGAUGUGUUUGCUGCUCCAGUUACAGCUGAGGGGAAGGCAAUGGACUCGGAUAUCCUGGAUAUCACCGAACAGAUUCACCGACUCCUGGUUCAGCCAGUACAUAAUAAUGGCUCAAGCAGCUAUGGAAACCUGGGCAGUACCGAUCAUUUGGUGAGUGUGGCCUCAUCCACUGACAGCAAUGGUAAUGGAGCCCACCCACGUGCAGACGAUGAAGAGGGUCAAGCCAAACCUAGAACAUUUCAUGAGAUCUGUAAAGGCGUUCAUAUGCAGAAGAAUCAGGGACAGCAAUUUAAAAAGAGUCCAGGCACAGGACUGCCCCAGAAGAGUCCGGUAGUUCGGCCCAAAGACUCAGCAUACCCAGUAAACUGGAAAGAGGGUGAGGAGGAGCAGCAGGCCACCUUACAGGAAGAACUCGCAUUAAAAGACCAGACUGUCUACUCAUACCAGCAGAUCAGCUGCCUAGACAGUGUAAUUAGGUAUUUAGAGAGCUGCAAUGUGCCUAUUACAGUGAAACGUAAAUGCCAGUCUUCUUCCAACACCACUUCCUCUAACUCAGACGAGGACAAACAGAAGGCAUCUGAAAGCUCUCUGCAGGUGGCUGAAGCACCUGGACACUUGAAGUCCCAAGCUGGUCUUUCACCUUUGAAUGUGUCAAAGAAGUCGAGCAGCUCAGGCGUGGUGGGCACUUCGCUCACUCCCCUGGCACUGCCAAGCAAAGCUGAGAGUGUGGUGUCCAUAACCAGCCAGUGCAGCUACAGUAGCACCAUCGUACAUGUUGGGGACAAAAAAACCCAUCCAGAGUCAGAAAUCAUUGAGGAUGGCCCCAGUGCUGGAGAUGCAGUAGAAGGCCCCACUCCAGCCAUUCCUUCUGCCACAGUUUCACCUCCCAGCCAGGAAAGAGAAGCGUAUAAGAAACUAGGCCUGACCAAGCAUGUGCUGGCAGCACAUACACAGAAAGAAGAGCAAGUCUUUCUGAACCGCUUCAAGGAGCGUUCAAGGGGUGUUCAAACUUUCAAAACAGACUACCUGGAGAAGCAGAAAGGACAGGCCACAUUCAAUGCAGGACCUUCCCGUGUUAAUAAGCAGGGGGGAAGAGCAGAACCUGCCACUGGCCGUGGAGGGCGCAACAGAAAAUCCAAAACCAAGCGCAUCAAACAGAACGAAUCAUCCGACAGUACCAUCUCACAUAGGAGGCAGCUGUUCAGACAAGAACUGCAAGGACUGAACCAGACUUCAUGGUCUCCUUCAGACACCUCACAGUCUGCUUUUCCCAUCGCAUACCCAGCUGUUGUGCCUUCAUACCCCCAUCAGGUGUACCCAGGAACCAAUUCCAUUCCACCCAGGGUUGAUGCCCCUCUUUCAGGAUUUGGAAACAGCCAGUGUACUCAGAAUCCACGGUUUCCCAUGCAACCCAUGCAACCCAUGCAGCCUCAAUUCCCUGCCCCACUUGUCACACCCAUGGUGGCACUUGUGCUGCCCAACUAUAUGUUCCCACAACUAGGAAGUGCCCCUCGGCAGCCCUUCUACCCUGAGCAGGCUUUGUUCCCACCAACUCAGGUUCCAUUCCAACCACAGACAACGUUUCCUCUACAGACUCCGUUUGCCCCGCAAAACCCUUUUCCAGCUCAGCCAUUUCCUUUCACACCACUGGACAAGCAACCCAAACCUGCAGAACCAGAAACAAGGGAAGAACCUUCACGAAGCUCCACCCCUGAGUCACUCGGUGGUCGGGACCAAUCAUCUCCACCCUUGUUCCAGUCACGGUGCAGUUCACCUCUGCAACUCAACCUUUUGCAGCUGGAGGAAAGUCAGCGUGUCAAUGAAAAACAGGAAGCCACAGCCACCUCUGCUGGUACUCAGGGGAGCACUGCAGUGGAGAAAGGAGCAAACACUGGCACACAGCCCAAGACAGACAAAGAUCCAGAACUUGCAGACGACCUACACCACUGUGAUGCUUUCUCUUCAUCCAGUGAUCUGUUGGACAUCCUCAUGCUGGAGGACUCUCGCUCUGGAACAGGGUCAGCCACAUCCGGUUCAAUGGGUUCUACUUUCAAUGGCUGUGGCACAUCAGCUUGUGGAAGUGGUGGAUCUGCAAGUGGAACUGGGAGCAGUCACACCAGCAAUAACAGCAGUAACUACUUUGGCAGUGUGGACUCGUCACAGAAGUCCCAUAAGGCCAAGAGACCAGGAGGUGGCGUUUCAGGAUCGUUGGAGAUAGAGGACAGUGAGAGUUUGAUCAAAUAUGUCCUGCAGGAUCCUCUGUGGCUUCUUGCUGCCAAUGUGGACAAGGCUGCAAUGAUGACAUACCAGUUGCCCUCUCGUGAUAUCCAGCAAGUGUUGCAGGAUGACCGGGAAAAACUGAAGCAGAUGCAGAAGAGUCAGCCACGGUUUUCUGAGGAGCAGAAGAGAGAGCUGGCUGAGGUUCAUCCCUGGGUAAGAGGAGGAGGUCUACCCAAAGCCAUUAACAUUGAGGCCUGUAUUGGGUGUAAAGGAGUCACAGAGACGCUGGUUGAGGAGGAGCUCCCAGACCUCCACAUGGGAGAAUCUGAAGUCAGUGAUGUCACAGCCCCCGCACAUGACCAGACGUAAUGAAGAGCUUGUACACACACAGUGCUGAUCUGAACAGGAAGCUUGUGUUAUUUUUUUUAUUCCUUUCAUAUUUCAUAUAUGCUUGUAUGUUUAGAUGUAAGGAACUUUAGAUUUUUUUGAUUGAAGAGCAUCACUUUUGAGUUCUCUGAGGGGUGUGUGUGCGUGCAUGUGUGUGCUUGUGCAUGCGUGCGUGCGUGUGUGUGUGUGUGUGUGUGUGUAUGUGUGUGUGUAAAUGUCUGUUAGUGAAAUUCCUAGAUUUUUCAGGUUGUUAUAAGACAAUGUCCUUGUGACUGAAAAAUAUUUGUUGAACUGUAUCUAUAUUUAUCUGUAUUUCUUAAAUUUAUAUUUAUUUAAAUCUUGAAAACUACCAAUUCAUAGUCAUAUUUUGUGUUUUAUUCAUUUUAACCUACAAAUGUCCAUGAAUACCUCAACAACUUGUAUUUGUAAAGACGGUCAAGAAGCAUUUCUGCUGGAAAAGGAAAAAAAUCUUAGUUUCAUUUCAACGAUUAUUAGUAAAUGUGUAUCUUGUUAUCAGCUACGACACUAAUCGGGAAAAUCAGAGGAGAAAACACAACUUGGCAGCUAAAUACUGAAGCUUAAGCUUUAUGCCUCAUUAAACCCUGAACACAAGAAUCUCCAUGAAAAUAGUUUAGUAUAUUUUUCUAUAAGUUACUGUAUAUGACUGUCCGUUGAAGAAGAUUAUAGAGGAACCUGUUUUCAGAGAGUUGUGGUACAGAUCAAAAAGGCUUCAUUCUUUUCCCCAGGAUAGAAGCUAAUAUAUAGGUUUUGAAAUAAAAAUCUAGCUGAAAAUAUAUUGAAUAUAUUUUUCCUCCCUUAUUACCACAGCACUUUUAACACAAAGUCUAUAUUUUUAUUUGGGUGGGGUGGUGCGGGGGGAUUGUGGGUCAACUGGUGAGUUUGCUAACAAUAGUUAUUGAUUGAUUUUUUUUCUUUUAAGCCACACUUAAACUUAAGACAGUUCACUGUUGGCUAAAGCAAAUGUCUUUUACCGUAUGUGUCAAGUGUUCUAAAGGAAUUGAUGGUUUUAAAGAAUAAAAUGUUAUUUUUAAGAGAAAAA